AUGUCAGCUCCACCGUCUGGAUCAUCAACUCCAAACUCCCGCUUCACAUCACAAGCACACACCGCCGAAGACCUCCUCAAAUCCCAAACAGUCGGUCUCGUAAACCUCACCGACUUCCGCAAACGUCGCGCCGAAGCCCUCGAGCAAAAGGAGCGUGAGCUCCAAUCCGGCUCCGGCGCCUCCACACCCCAAUCCGAUCGCGUCCCAUUCAAGAAGCGCAAGAAAGGCGCGUUAGCCAAAGCAAAACUCUCCUUUGGCGUCGACACCGACGAUGCCGACAACGACGAUACCACCGACUCCGCCGGCCUGUCCAGCGGCAUACCUACCCCACGCGCAAAGUCACACACACCAGCGCUCGAAGGCGAGGACACGGGGGUAAACAACACCACAGUCGCGCCACGCAAACGACUCGGCCCAAACACCCUCUUCGCAUCCAACGCACCCAAAGCAAAGACCAAGUCCGCCCUGGCAAGAGAUGCCGCCACGCGCGACCAGCUCCGCCGCGAAUUCCUCGUCAUGCGCGAGCGCGUCAAGGAAACACCCUUCAUCCUCCCCUUCGUCUUCUACGACGGGACAAACAUCCCCGGCGGCGCGUGCCGCGUCAAGAAAGGCGAGCACGUCUGGCUCUUCCUCGACAAGGCGCGCAAAGUAGGCGCCGAACACGGCGCCGGCAGCGGCGACAAGGGCCGGCGUGAAUGGGCGCGCGUGGGCGUCGACGACCUGAUGCUUGUUCGUGGGGAUAUCAUCGUGCCUCAUGUGUGUGCUUUCUUCCCUUUUCCUACCCUCACUCGUACUCCUCCGUCCACCCAUGCUUUUUCCUCUACCGUACAUACAGAAGUAUACCUAACCCCCGCCCCCCCUUCUCAGCACUACGAAUUCUACUACUUCCUCGCCAACAAAACCCUCAAUUUCUCUGCGCAGCGCCUCUUCCCCCACUCCGCCGAGCCCACCCCCGCCACCCCCGCCGAACCCGCAUCCAGCAGCGCAGACACAGAUAUCGACCCCUCAACAUACGACCCGCUCGCGCGCCACGACAAGAAAGACAAUGACACUUCUUCCUCUUCUUCGUUUACGGUGCUACCGGACAGCGAGCUCGAGGGUGCAGACGAGGAGCCCAGCGUGACGAAAGUGGUUGAUCGCCGCUGGUACGAGCGCAACAAGCAUAUCUAUCCGGCUAGUAUCUGGGAGGAGUUUGAUCCGGGGAAGGAUUAUAGUAGGGGGGUUCGGAAGGAUGCGCAGGGGAAUUCGUUUUUCUUUUCUUGA